ACGCAUUCUGAACUUUCAUAGCUGCACAACUACAUUAAAUCGCACGUGCACAGCAAAUUUCCUUUAUCAUGGACGUUUUCAAGCUAUUGUCAACACACCUCACUUUUAUUGCAAUUGCUUGUGCUUUCCAUCAUGGUUUAUCAGCAGCGGAAAAGUUGGAAAAGUGGCAGAACUUUGUUCGUAUGACUGAAUCAGACUGGAACGGGGAAUUUACUGUCACACAAUCUGCUAUGUAUGCAGGCACCAGUAACAUCAGACAGAAACGCACGGAGAGGGGAACGGAAUCGACAUCUGAACAAGAAUGUCCAAAAGGUAGACCGUCUACUAGUGUGGACGAGUUUAUAGCAUGUCCGAUGUCCUUCUGUCAACACACCAGCUACAGGUGUGCCAUUCGAUGUCUAGGACAGGAAUCUGGUGACAACUGUGAACUAUACAACUGUACAUGGCACCACCACUGUCCAUAUCCUAGUCGUGGUGGUAAAUACACUAUUCCUAUAGAGAAAGUUUGUGACGGUGUAGCCCAGUGUACCAAUUCUGAUGACGAGUCCUUCUGUGUCAAGCCAUGCCCACAAAAAUGCACGUGUACUGGUUUAAUUAUCAGCUUCAUCUCUACUCCACUCAAUACUUUACGUUCUCCUUUUACGAAAAUCUCCUUUUUCAUUAACAAGAUCGAUCCACCUUUAAAACUUUAUGUCAACUUUUCAGACUAUUCAUAUCUUGCAAUAAGAGGCAUGAAUGCAACACCAGAUAAUUUCACCAGAGGUUUAUAUAAUAUACAAAAUUUGGUGUUAACGGAAAACAAUAUAUCGUUUGUGACUAGUGAUAUGUUCACUGACAUGUCAGGUCUACGGUCAUUAAGUUUAUCAUCUAAUAGGAUCACGCAUUUAAAUGGUAAUAUAUUUAAUGAACUGUCUGCUCUUAGGCGUCUAUCUCUACAUAAAAAUCGGAUGAAAAUGCUUCAAGCUGAUGUCUUUACCGGACUAUCCACACUUACGCAUCUGAAUCUAGGUAACAACCAGAUACAAAUCCUUCCAGCUGAUGUCUUUACCGGACUAUCCACACUUACGCAUCUGAAUCUAGGUCACAACCAGAUACAAAUCCUUCCAGCCGAUGUCUUUACCGGACUAUCCACACUUACGCAUCUGAAUCUAGGUCACAACCAGAUGCAAAUCCUUCCAGCUGGUGUCUUUAUUAGAUCAUCUACACUGACACAUCUGUAUCUACAUAACAAUCAGAUUAAAGUCCUUCCGACAGAUAUAUUUAAUGAACUCACCGCUCUUACGUAUCUGUAUCUAGAUAAAAAUCGGAUAGAAAUCCUUCCAGCCAAUGUGUUUACUGGACUUUCUAAGCUUACACAUCUGUUUUUAAAUAACAAUCAGAUAAACAUUCUUCCGGAUGAUAUCUUUACUGGACUAUGUAAACUUUACCAGCUAUCUCUAGAAAACAAUCAGAUACAAACUCUUCCAAAUUAUAUCUUUACUGGACUAUCUACACUUAAAGAUCUGUCUCUAGGUAACAAUCAUAUAAAGAGCCUUCCGACUGAUGUCUUUAUGGGACUACAUACACUAUACUAUCUUUCUCUAAGUCACAAUCAGAUAGAAAUCCUUCCAGGUGAUAUUUUCAGUGGUUUAUCUGUGCUUAGCUCGAUCUUACUAAACAACAAUACCCUAUCCAUUAUACCUGUUUUACCUUCCUCUGUUAGAUUGCUUGAUAUAUCGUUCAAUAGCUUCACGAUGUUACCUGCUGGAAUAUUUUCCAAUUGUAGUCAAUUAAACCUUUUAAACAUCAUAGGUAACAAAAUAGAAAUACAGGAACACAUGUUUGAAGGAUUAAAUAAUCUGUCUACUUUAUUGACCGAUACUCCUUUCAUGUGUUGUGUUAAGCCUCCGUCUGUUUCUGACAAUAGAUGUUUGAGAGAUCACAAAAAGUUGGCGGAUUGUUGGUUUGGAUAUUUGUCUUGCAAAUCAGAAGGAGAUGCGAUAUCUUCAUGUUAUACAUUGAUAGGUUCAGUUGCACUAAGAACAUCUCUCUGGGUAAUUGGAGUUUGUGCUUUAAUUGGGAAUUUUGCUGUCAUGUUCUACCGACUAUUCAUAGACACAGAUAAUCUUACAAUGAGUUAUUCGUUCUUUGUACUGAAUUUGAGUUUAUCAGAUUGUCUAAUGGGCGUCUACAUGAUUGUGAUAGGCAUUGUAGACAUCUAUUAUAACGGUGUCUACGCAUGGAACAACCAAACAUGGAGAAGAAGUACUCUAUGUACCACAGCUGGAGUUCUAUCCAGUAUAUCCAGUGAGAUGUCGACGUUUCUUAUUCUACUGGUGACGAUAGAUCGAGUCAUUGUCAUUAUGUUCCCAAUGUCCCGUCUUUCCAAACAGAACAUCUCGUGGAAACAGGCAUCCGUGGUCUCAGUGUGUCUGUGGCUUAUUUCUACCACACUUGCAGUCAUCCCAGUUAUUUCCAUGCAGUCCUACUUCAAGGGGGAAUACUACUCUCAGUCAGGGGUAUGUCUCGCCUUACCAUUGACUGACAUCGAACAACCAGGUGCUGAAUAUUCGUUUGCAGUGUUUGUUUGUCUCAACUGUCUCGUCUUUUUAGCUAUAGCCAUAGGGCAAAUCUGCAUGUUUAAAAGUUUGAUUUCAAGCCCAGGGCGUCGUAUGGCCUCGUCACAGUCUCGUCAACGGGAUAUAUCUGUAGCAAGAACUCUCUUUAUGGUGGUGGCGACCGACUUUUGCUGUUGGUUUCCGAUCGGCGUAAUGGGAGUGAUUUCAAAAUUUGGAUACCAGAUGCCGCACGGUGUUUAUGCGUGGGUUAUGGUGUUUGUUUUGCCAAUCAAUGCUGCCAUCAAUCCAUUCUUGUACACGGCCUCAGCUAUAUGGAGGAAGCGACAAAGAGAACAACAGAUUGCAAUGACGACGUCAAAGAAAAACACCAGAAGGAUUAACGCGAAAUCGAGAUGAAUAUACUUUAACAGCCAUUUCUCUUUGCAAGAAGUGUAAUACAACUUAGCGAAAGACACCGCUGGAAAGAACGGGGAUUACUCCAUUUUUGUUUGUAGAUUUGUGAAAUAAAG